GCCUUACCAACAGAACUAAAAAUAGUACAGUGAAGGCAAGCAUGCUAUGAGUUGGCAAAACUUAUCUGUGGCCCUGAACAAGCGGUAACAAGCAACUUAAAUCUUUUACAUUAUUAUUUUAAGCAAUAUGGGACUGCAUUCAUCCAGCUAGGAGAUAAAUAUUUCACAGAAGAGUUAAUUGGGUUGCAAAGUCUUAAGACAAUUAGUCACUGGAUCAGAAAGUGUCAUCAUGGUGCGUAAUGUGGAUGACCUGGAAUUUUGCCUGUCUUCUCACUCACAGAGCAUGUUGGAGGGGCUGCAUUCUCUCUGUUCUCAUCCCAAUCUUGUGGAUGUGACCUUAAGUGCCGGUGGGCGGGAUUUCCCCUGCCACCGGGGCAUUCUGGCUCUCUGUAGCCUUUACUUCCACUCCAUGUUUACAGGUGACUAUGUGGAGAGCAUUGCUACGCGUGUAGAGCUCCAUGACGUGGAUCCAGAUGUGCUUGCCACCUUACUGGACUUUGCUUACACCGGAAAACUCACCAUCAAUCAGGGAAAUGUGGAGGGAUUGAUAUGUAUCUCAAGUCAGCUUCAAUUCCAGACAGUGCGGUCUGUCUGUAGUCGAUACCUGCAGCACCAGAUAGAUGCAAGUAAUUGCCUUGGUAUACAAGAGUUUGGAGAGAUCCAUGGUUGUCCUGAGGUGGUGGCCAAAGCCAAAGCAUAUCUUUUGGAGAACUUUGAGGCUGUACAACAGCAUGAAGAGUUUCUUCUGUUGGAGAAGGAUAAGCUAGUGGCCUGUCUAAAGGAUGAAGGUCUGCAGGUGCGGAAUGACUGUGCACGAGCCGAGGCAGCACUUACAUGGGUCAAGCAUUGCAGAGACAGCCGAAUCUUUCACCUGCCAGAACUAUUGAGACUAGCCAGACUACCUUUACUGCCUGAGUCCUACCUUAUGGAAAACUUAUUAAAAGACCCUCUAGUCCAGGAUUGCCCAGAAUGCAUAGAACUGCUCAAGAUUAUUUCUACAGAGAAAAUUAAUAUUAAACCAGGUGAGUCAGCUCAGAGUCUUUCCCGAAAUAGCCCUCACAACCUGCAGGAAGUUUUGUUUGUGAUGGGUGGCCGCUCACUAGAUGACACGGAAGAAGAAGAUGAGGAAGAAGAUGGUGAGAGAGAAAUCAGGAUUCAUCCUAGGAAUUGUGCUUUCUACAACCCAAAGCUACAGCAAUGGCAUCAGCUACCUGAUUUUCCCAACUACAAUAAAUGGGGUUAUUCUGUUGUCUCUUUAAACAAUGAUGUGUAUGUUUCAGGAGGUUCAAGGGGUUCCCAGUCCAAUACCUGGUCAACCACAGAGACCUGGAAGUAUAUCACUCGUGAAGGAAGGUGGGUUACAGUAGCUCCAAUGUUGAGGCCCAGGACUAAUCAUUCCUCUGCAGCACUAAAUGGAGAGAUUUAUGUGAUUGGAGGCACUAUGAUGGACAUUGUAGAAGUAGAACACUAUGACCCUUACAGUGACAGCUGGGCUUUUACAUGUCCUGCAGUGAAAUAUGUGACCAACUUCACAGCCACAGCAUGUCUGGGCAAACUGUAUGUCAUUGGCUCCUGUGCUGUCAAAUACAAUGCUCUGACUCUGCAGUGUUACAACCCUGUGAUAGAUAGUUGGAGUAUUGUCUGCUCUCCAUUUAUUCCAAAGUACCUAUCCUCUCCUCGUUCCAUUUCUAUGGAUGGAGUUAUCUAUCUAAUAGCAGACAACACCAAAAAGGUGUAUGUGUAUGACCCAGAUGCUAACAUUUGGCAAAAGGUUCAGUUCCUGCACAAACUUCAUGAGAACGGAGGAAUGGUGGUUCUGGGACAGCAGCUCUACGUGACUGGGGGUCACUGGAAAGGAAUGGAGGGAGACUAUGGUGUGGAAGUGGAGGUGUACCUUCGAGCGUCCAACUCAUGGAGGGUGGAGAGUUUCCUUCCCAGGCUGUGGUACUAUAGUGGCUGCUGUUCCAUCUUCUUAGACACAGCCCAGUGGACCGAACUCUUUCCUGAAGAGACAUAAAUCAGUGACAAGAAGUUCAAUUUAGUUAUAAGCUCAACUAGAAUGAACUAAACUCAUACCAAGAUGACUGGGACUAGAGUUUUCUUUUUGGAUUUAGGAAGUGAAUAUGUUUUUACCGUUUUUAAUAUUAUUUUAAAGAUGUUUUUGCAAUGAUUGAAUAUUAGAUUAAUAUACAUCUUAAUUUACAUGAUUUCAGUUUUUUUUAUGUCAUUUUAGCCAAAUAAGUACACGUAUUUGUAGAGUACAGAAGUUACAGACAGCAGUGUAUACAAACAACAAUAUGUAAGAUAAAGAAUCCUAAAAGACAAGGUGGUACUGCACAAUACACAGGGCACUAUAUAAAAAAGUGAAGACAAAAUGCUAAAUACAAACAAUGCAGAUAAUGCAGUAAACACCACAAAGGACAUUAAAUGCAUGUUUGUGGUGAGUAAGGCAUUAUUGUGCCUGAGUUUUAUAUAGUAACUAUCAUUUUAUUUGUUUUUAUUGGACUAAAUUUAUCUAUCUAUCUAUUUAUCUAUCUAUCUAUCUAUCUAUCUAUCUAUCUAUCUAUCUAUCUAUCUAUCUAUCUAUCUAUAAUCAUUUUAUUUACUUUUUUGUAAAUCUGUUGUUCAUGCAGGAUUUCUCAAUGAAAAUAAUUGAGCCUCUGUACAUUAAUAUAUUUGUUUGUUCGAA